AUGUCACAGACACAGACAGAAACACAGACGUCCACUCGUCUUGAGACUAGUACGCCUUUCACCAGUGCUGCCCUGGACAGCGAUGCCGAGUUCUGGAAAUCUUACGUCGCUUCACGACCCACUCCGUCGGAGGAUUUCUUCCACAUAAUCAAUGAAUACCAUGCAAAGCACAGUGAUGGUUGCAUGGAAGUGGCCCACGACGUUGGUACGGGACCUGGAAACAUCGCGGCAAGACUGGCACCGUACUAUAGCCAUGUGGUAGGCUCAGACGUGAAUGAGCGAGCCUUGGCCGCAGCACCAAAGCUGCUCUCCCCGGAUCUCGCUGCAAGGAUGACCUUUAUCAAAAGUCCCGCCGAAGCACUUGUCACCGCUGGUAUCCCUGAGAAUUUGCAGCAGACGGAUCUGCUCACUGUGAGCGAAUGCAUGCCUCUCCUAGAUGCGCCUAAGGCAUUGGAGGCCUUUCACACUCUGAUUCGCCCCGGUGGAACGCUCGCCAUAUACUUCUAUGGACGCCCCAUCUUCCCAGAUCCAACCUGCGACGCGAUCUAUGAUAAGAUGGCAACCCGUAUCUGUCAGUUUGGGCUUCCGUUCAAGGGAACUCCUGGUGAGCCAUUCUGGCGACGCGGCGCAGAAGGCCUUCUCAGUUUCCUCGACAAUAUUGCCCUGCCAGAGAGCCAGUGGCAGAACGUGGAACGCCAUAAGUGGAACUGUGACUACCCGCUACUUUUCAGCGGUCCCGAGGGGUUCGAUUUCGUGGUUGAGCCGGUAGACCGCCGAGCGGAAGGGGAGGUCACUCAUGAUCUCGUGAAUCGCGAAUUCUGGGCCCAUGAGUGGGACGCGGAUGAUGUCGCGGCUUACUUGGAAUCAGUGUUCCCUCAUUACCAAGAGCAAGCUGGCGAUAGAUAUCCAGAGAUUGAAUUAAUGCGCGAAGAGCUCCGUGCAGCCAUGGGCGGGAAACAGAAGGUCACCUUCCCUGUGGUGCUUAUUCUGGGAACCAAGCAAUGA